CUCCUCCUGUGCAAGGCAGCUACAAGCGAUGAGGUUUUUUUAAGUCACCCGACGCACCCAAAGGACGAUCUGCACUCUCCAUAGAGGAGAUGAGGUCAACAUGGUUCUGUGGGGAAGACUUCUACUGCAAUUGUGGAGCAUUGUAGAAGUUACUGGAACAACUUCUCUCAUAUUGGGCAUCACCUCCAUACAAGUGAUUGAAUGGAUGGAGAACACUAUUUCUCCUCUUCAUCAUCAACUGAAUGGUUUUCCAAUAUUGAUAUCUCUGAAGUCAUUGCCUUUAUCAUCGGGAAUCCCGAAAGUAACCCACCUAUUUUGAUGGAGAAGCACACACCAGCUGAAAUUCCCAUAGUUACUAUGCUGAGCUUCAAGGCUUGAGUUUAUACUAGCAAAAUGAGGCAAAGUGGUGGAUAUGAAACCUAUAUGGUGUUACAUGAGUUGUAGGUCUGGAAGAAAGUCACGGAUCAUCAUACCCAUUGGCC